UAUUUCCUUGGAUGAAUAACAAUACCACCGCGGAGACUUUAUAUUUCGAAAAUUAACAAAAUAUUUUAAAUGCUUUGCUGGAAAAACGAAGAUUUAUACCUUCAAAAACGUUAUCCAGUCUUUGCUUCAAUUGAAAAUCCAAGAACCCUCAAACAAAUCCUACUUAAGUCUAGUAUUCCAAUUCCAUGGAGCACAGCUGGUGGUCCAUCAUGUAUGGAGCCUUCAGUUCCUAGAGGAGGUUCCUCACUUCAGUCAACUCGGCCACAUCCAUGGCGACCGACUCUUGCCUACGAUAUGGUCGAGGUCAAUCCAGUAGCAGAGCAACCGAUAACAAAUCAACUAGUGAAACCGUGUUUCACGCCAGCUGGAAUGUCAACAGAGCCGCUGACAUUUCCCAACUUGGUUACAGGGUUUGAAAGGAAUCCACAGCAUGCUGCAAGGGCAGCUCUUUAUACGCGCUACACUCCUGGAGAAUGGACCAACAACUGCUUGGCUAAAUAUGCGGAAUCAAAUGCAAACAGAAAUCAAUCGGAGAGAUUGCGAAAUGAAGCAAUACGCAUUAUGCGUGAAACUGAUGAAAAGACUGCUCAAGGGCAGCGAGAUGCUGGCAGACGUUUGGGCGAGAGACUAACCGAUGUGACGUUUUGGAAAAAUGAGCUGAACACUGAGUUGGAGAAGGUCGUUUUUGAGACCAAUUCCUUGGCAAACUACAAGAGUAUAAUAACGAAAGCCAUUCAAGACCUUGAGACUCCUCUGCAUAUUGCCCAAGAGUGUCUUUACCAUCGAGAAGGACGUCAGGAAAUUGAAAAAGUGCAUGACCAUGUUGAGAAAAGUCUUUUGAUGGAAGUUUCCAAUUUACGAGCGUGCCAGGAGAAGCUUAGAAACUUGUACGACAUGGUCAUGAACCAACUUCAGGAACUACGUGGGGCCCAAUAUUUGCUUGAGGAUGAUGUUGCGCACAAAGAGUCAACCUUAGGAAUCGAUUCGGUAUGUCAUCAGUUGAACAAUUACAGCAGGGGAAUCAGCUAUUAUGGAGGCGUUGAGAAAUACGAUCCAACUAUAAGUACUCAGGAAUCAUGGUCCCAAUGUAGCAGUCAAAGGGUUAAUAAAUCUCAAACUGAACGCGCAAAGUCAACUCAACUUCGCAGUGACAUAGAAACCAUAAUCAAUCAAACUGCCAAUAACGUUUGGGACUGUUGGGGCAAUUCAAAUAACGCCUUAGAUCGUCGAUCACAAGAGAUGUCUGAGGCCAAGAGCAAAGUACAGCUUCAUUUGUUUAAAGUUCAACAGGAGUUAUUUGAUUUGGAAAAACACAUUGCACUUUUACAAAAAGCUAUCCAGGAUAAGUCGCAUCCAUUGAAAGUGGCUCAAACACGUCUCGAAGCUCGUACCCAUCGUGAGGGAGUUGAACUUUGCAAAGAUUUUGCUCAAAUGCGUUUGGUUCAAGAAGUCCAUGAUCUACAGGAUAUUGUUUCGAAUUUGCAUAGAAAACUGCAAGAAGCUGAAUCUCAGCAUCAGCAGCUUUUGAAAACUCGUGUUAGUUUGGAAGCUGAUCUGAGGAGAAAAGUCAAUGCACUUUUCAUUGAUCGGGAGAAAUGCAUGGGCAUGAGGCGAUCAUUUCCGGUGGACAAUUUAAUUAAGUAUUAGAAACUGAUGAAAGUUUUGGUUUUGUUCACGUUUUUGUAGAAGUUAUUAAUUGUUUUAUGUAAAACAUUAAUUCAAAUUAAAUAAAAUACAAGUAAUUAACUCA